UCAUAACGUAGAGUCGGGACCCCUCUGAGGCUAUGCAUUAUCUUCACAACUUAGGAUGCGCUCACUAAUACCCUCGGCGUCAACAACAAUGUCAUACACGUGUUCGAGGUGGUUGCAGGCGCCUCUCCAGGACUCGACCAUUGCGUCGAAGAUUGGCAAGGACAAUCGGUCUCAUUUCUGGGGGGUGUACAAAAGAGUCGCAGAGGAACACGACGACGAGUUCCUCGAGCGAUACACUACUGACAUGGACAUCAUAUUGAUCUUCUCUGGUCUUUUCUCCGCUGUCAGCACGUCUUUCAUCGUCACAAUGGAGUCCGAUCUUAGUCCCGACACCAGCGACACCACGAAUGCGCUUUUGAAGCAACUCUUGCAGAUCGGACUCGGCAACCUCACUCGGGCGGGCCCCACUCCCAAAGAACCAUCUACGUGGUCCCCGUCCCUGUCGACUCUGAUAUCCCUUCUUCUCUUUAGGAAUGCCCUCGGCGCCAAGAUGUGGUGCGAGCAGCCCAGCAUCGCCUGGGUGAUCAUUUCCACGACAGACUUCGGCCUACAGUUCCCACAGCUACCAUAUCAAGGACUCAUCGGUUCUUUGAUGAUAGCGGCAUGGUUCUGCUCUGUGUUGACGGUUGACGAUAAAAACGAAAAGCAUGCGGUACGAGUCCCGGAGGAUUAAACUCCGGGUGAUUCUUUGUCGAGUUCCUUUCCGUUUCGGUACAUGGCACCUCACCUUCGUCACCUCGUGCUACCUUUUCUAUAGUUGCUUCUUCCUUCUCGGACAUCUUGACGUUUGGUACUUAAAGUCUCUCGCGUACGUUUCACCUCAGCGUUGCUUGUCACGAUCGCUGAGACUCACUUGGUUGUUAAGCUUCUACACUCUGCGCUGCUCUCCAUCGACUCUGCGCCACUCUGGGUCGACUCUGCGCUGCUCUGGGUCGACUCCGGGCUGCUCUGUAUCGACUCCGGGCUGCUCUGAGUCGACUCCGGUGCGCCGCUCUGCUUCGACUACGCGCCACUCUGCUUCGACUAUGUGCUGUGCCUCCAC